UCAAGGGUGCAGCUGGCAGCUUUGUCUUUCCCUGGUUAGCUACAAUCCCCGCCCACCCAAGCGAGUCUUUAAAAGCUGCUUCUCCAUCUUUCAGCUUCCUUUCCGCGUAUGCGCCUUGCUCCUGUCACGCUUUCCGGGUUGUACUCUUCUGCUUAAAGCUGAACGAUGGCUGGCAUCCAGGAGCGUACCUUCAUUGCCGUCAAACCCGAUGGUGUGCAGAGGGGUCUUAUCGGGGACAUCGUCAAGCGCUUUGAGCAGAAAGGAUUUAAACUCGUUGCUAUGAAAUUUCUCCAGGCGUCCGAAGACCUCCUCAAGAAGCAUUACAUUGACCUUAAAGAUAAGCCGUUCUAUAAUGGACUGGUGAAGUACAUGGCCUCUGGUCCUGUACUGGCAAUGGUAUGGGAAGGUCUAGGUGUAGUAAAAACAGGAAGAGUGAUGUUGGGAGAGACCAAUCCUGCAGACUCCAAACCCGGAAGCAUCCGCGGAGACUUCUGCAUUCAAGUUGGCAGGAACAUCAUCCAUGGAAGCGAUUCUGUCGAAAGCGCAAAUACUGAGAUCGGUCUGUGGUUUAAACCUGAGGAGCUGGUGGCAUACAAAAGCUGUGCACAAGACUGGAUCUACGAGUGAAAGUCUCACGGUCGCCCUGCUGUCUAAGGUCUGGUGGGACGGUGGUUCCUGGAACUUGCAUUAUCAAACUGAUGCUCGCCAAUAAAGUAAUGAACUCAAACUGUUGCCUUGAACUUUCAGUGUUUAUUCUGUCUUUGGUUGUAACCAGUAGCAUUAAUCUGAAAUGGAUCCUCUGGUUUUAUAACCUGUGCAAAUUCCCUGCUUCCCUAAAUCCCGACUUACAAUUAACAUUACAGUCAAGAUUAAGGCAGCAGAUCAAUAACCUAGAACCCUUUCAGGUCCAUGCUACUCUUCCUGUAUUAAAUCUGUUUGGAAGGCGGCAGCUUUUAAUUUCCUUGUACGCAUUUGGAAUAUCGCGAAUGGAAAUAAACACACUGUACAACA